AUGUUUUAGUAGCUCAGUCGCAACCGACCGGUGGGCGCGUCGAGUUAAUGUUAACAGAAAGGUUAUCGUCGUUUAAUCGAAUUUCUACGAUCCGGCACUAUUCGUGUUUUUAUUUUUUAUUCGUUGACAUAUUUUUCGAAAAAAAAUUACGACUUAUCAAAAACGAUCAUUUCACGUGCCAAUUAUUAAUAACAUCGAUAUUCAAGGUUGUUUUGUAACUUUCGUGAUAACAAGGAUACCGUAACGUGUUUCUUUGAGAAUGCCGAUACUAUCCGAUCUCUCACGACGAUUUCAUUUAUUAACGACUGACGCAAAACCCGAUCCACCAAGAAUACCAAUCGAAGGUCACACGAAUAAUUUGCGAUCAAGUGACGAAGAAAACACAAAGAGGAAAUCUUUUUUGAGGCAACCGAUAUCGAAGGAAGAACAUGUGAAAGGAAGUUAUCCUUCAUUCCAACGACAAAAGUCUGCACCAAACGGUGGUACUACGCCCAUUACUCCCACUGAUUUUCCUCCUAGAGGACGGAGAAGUCUUGAUAACAAUGACAACGACAAGUACAAUGGCGAUGGAGUUGGUGUUAGCGAUGAUUUACCUUCGAUGAAUGGCUUCAAGGAAUAUAAAAAACCGAACGUCAAGACGAAAACAAAGUCUCGAACGGCAAAGUCUUCACAAUCGGCUAACAUUAUCAAUUACAAUAUCGUUAAUUCGAAUGGAGUAAAAAUUGGAGCAAGGACUAGUUAUAUCUGUAAUAUUAAUAAUUUCUCGACAAAUAAGUCUGUCCCGACGGAUGCUAAUUGGUCAAAAUCCAAAUCACGAUUAAUGCCAGAAAACGUCGAAUUGUUGACCAGGUGUUAUGACGAAAUCACUUUUGAAGAUAUGUUCUUGAUCAAAACUCAUCUCGGUCAUGGUUGGAAAGAUGUCGCCAGAAGACUUUUUUAUUCAGACGGUCAAAUCGAACAAUUCGAAGAAAAUUAUCGAGAUGAAGGUAUAGAUGAGGUAAUAUAUCAAUUACUUCUAGAUUGGAAACAGGCUAACGCGAAAGACGCACACAUUGGAAAUUUAAUACAUGUUUUAUGGCUUUCUCAAGAGUAUGAUUGUGCAGAACGAUUAGCCAAUGCACGUACGAAACGAUCAUAACAAAAUGAUAUGUAAUAUUUGUAAAUAUGAAUGCGAAGUUGUGUCGAAUAAGGAAUAACUUAUUAGUAUAAUAUAUUUUUAUAUUAAUUUACAAUUCCACAUUAAUAUAAGUCUGAUUUAAUGGACAAAGUUUCAUCAAAGAUAUAUAUAUAUAUAUAUAUGAUAUAUUUGUAAUAUCUAUUCUAUGCUCAUACUAUAUUUUAUAUGUACGGAUCUUAUUUUUAUCAAAGAUUAACGAGAUAUUUUUA